AGGUGUUACGUAUUCCGUAGUAAUUAUCGAUAUGCGACUUCUACAUGUAGUUUACGGAUGAGCAACUAAAUUCAGAAUACAAUUAAGUGACGACUAGCUGAUGCAAACAAUACGUCACUUAAUUGUUCAUCCAAUCUUACCACAAUCCUUUCUCCCGCUGGAAAACUCUAGCAGGAAAAGCACCUCCAAUGUGAACACCUUCACGCGCUCAACUUCCUGUCGCGCUUGGGGAUCGCAGCCAUGGACCUGCUCAACUCGUUCGCCUUGACCUUGAAAGAGACGCCCCCGCAUACGUUAUUUGCGGCAUUUGCAGCAUUGGUCAUUGUUGCAUUCUACGGCCUCUAUGCCGUACUCCAUGUCAUCGCACCCAAACCCCGAACCGUUCUCCCUUCCGAAAAGACUUAUAUCACCACCACACCUACUGGAACCGAAAGACGACAGCUUCCAUGCUGGCAUGACCGAUGGCUAGCCGACCGGCACGCAAGCGAGGCCAGGGCCAAAAAUGACGAUCCCACCCUAAUCGACAUCGCAGACACUGGAUCCAUCGAACCCGCUGAAGUCCGCAUGAGCGUCGUUUUCCCCGCCUACAAUGAAGAAGACCGCAUCCUACCGACUCUAGAAGAAGCAGUCGAAUACCUCGACGCCACAUUCGGCCGCGACCCUCGCCCUCAGCCCAACGCCCUCCCCAAACAAGUCCCUGUCCCGACUCACAGACACGUUAAGAACGCGCCGCGCGAGGAUCUAGCCGGAUACGAGAUCAUCAUUGUGAACGACGGCAGCAAGGACCGCACGGCCGAAGUAGCGCUCGACUUCGCGCGCAAGCACGAACUACACGAUAUCCUGCGCGUGGUGACGCUCGAGCGCCGCCGCGGCAAGGGCGGCGGCGUGACACAUGGGCUGCGACACGUAAGGGGCGAGUACGCGCUGUUCGCGGACGCGGAUGGCGCGUCUAAGUUCAGCGACCUGGGGAAGCUAGUCGAAGGGUGCGAAGAGGUCGUCGACGGCAGCCACCGGGGCGCCGCGAUUGGAAGCCGUGGCCACUUAGUCGGCAGCGAGGCAGUCGUCAAGAGAUCCGCGCUGCGCAACUUCCUCAUGCGCUCGUUCCACCUCGUACUAACCAUUCUGACACCGCCGGCCACCUCGCGCAUCCGGGAUACCCAGUGCGGCUUCAAGCUGUUCUCGCGCGCCGCUCUACCUCACAUCGUGCCGUACAUGCACGCCGAGGGCUGGAUCUUCGACAUCGAGAUGCUUAUGCUAGCCGAGUCGGCGCCUGCCGUCCCGGUGCUCGGUAGCGACGGCGCUGUUAUUGGCAGUAGCCCCGGCAUCAAGGUCGCCGAGGUCCCGAUCGACUGGCACGAGGUCGGCGGGAGCAAGCUUAAUGUUAUACAGGAUAGCAUUAAGAUGGCUAUUGGCCUCGCUGUGCUAAGGGCCAGCUGGAUGAUGGGCGUGUACCGGCGACGGCUGACGUAGAAUGCUAAGGGGGGAGAUGUAUAGGAAGGGCUCGGUGUACAAAAUGAUGGAAUAGUGGCAGGCUAUGAGUUAGCCCAUGCUGGUUAUAUAAAAUCGGCGCAGUCAUAUUAUACUGCAUGGCGUUUGAUUUCAGCAAUGCAUAGAUAUCCGGUGGAAUGAAUGGGGAAAAGUUCCGCCUUGA